AUGGAUGACUGGAAACCACUUCUUGUUCUUCUCUUUGUUUCCACCUUCUGCUCUAUAGAUGCACAACAGACUGCUUGCAGAAAAGCCACAUUGGCAGAUAUUGUCUUUUUAGUGAAUACUUCAACAAGUAUUGGCCAGGAAAACUUCCAGAAGGUGAAGAACUUCCUCUCCACCUUGGUUUCAAGUCUUGAUGUUGGCCUUGAUGUGAUUCGAGUUGGGCUGGCACAAUACAGUGAUGAGACUUACCAAGGAUUCUUGCUGAAUCAGUAUUUAUUGAAAAGUGAUGUUUUGGAGCAGAUUGAGAAUUUGCUGUAUAGGAGUGGAGAAACUUACACAGGGAGAGCUCUGGAUUUUGUUAGCAGAGCGUAUUUCACUGAACCUGCUGGUGGCAGAGCUAAGGGCUAUGUCCCGCAGGUAGCCAUUCUAAUCACUGGUGGAGAAUCCAGUGAUGAAGUUGAAUUGCCUGCCAGAAAACUGAGGAACAGGGGCAUCUCCUAUGUUGUUGGAAUUUUCAUCCAGAAUACAGCUGAGCUUCAGCAAAUGGCCAGCAAACCUUUUGGUAAAUAUCGGUAUAGCACUGGUAGUUUUGAUGACCUUCAAGAUCUCUCCACAAGACUUUUGGGAAACUUCCGCUUUGCAAUUGAAAGUCAGAUAGAAGCAUUUGCAAAACAAUAUGCUGAUGUCAUUUUCCUUACUGACUCCACUGAGAACAUGAGGCCUUCAACCUUUGGGAAAGUAAAACAUUUCAUUUCCCAAAUAGUCAGACAGCUAGAUGUUGGGCUUAACAAGUAUAGGAUUGGCCUAGCCUAGUUUAGUGGCAUAGGACAGGUGGAGUUUUUACUGAACACACAUGAAAAUAAAGAAGAGGUGCUUGACCACAUCCAGCAGAGCAUUGCAUUCACUGGAGGCUCAUCAAAGUCUGGAAGUGCCAUAGAGUUUUUGCAGGAAACCUUUUUCAUGGAUGGUGCUGGAAGCUGGCUCAGCAAAGGCACUCCACAGGCUGUAGUGGUCAUCACACCCUCUGAAUCCAGAGACAAUAUCAUGGAGGCAGCCUGGAUGUUAGAAGAGGUGGGGGUAAAAGUUGUCUCAGUUGAUGCUGGAUACUUCGAGGAAGAAGAAAAGGUGAGAGCAUCCUCUAGCAUGACUUCCCAGACUUAUGAAGGGGAGAGCAUUGACCUUCUCCAGCAAAAUAUUGUCAGUGAUAUGGAAGCCUCACUUCAGAAGCUUUAUGACCUUGAUCCAAUCAAGUGGGCCAUGUGUUCCAGUGCAACUGUUGCAGAUGUGUUUCUUGUGGAUGAAUCCAGCAAAAUUAGGUCAAAAAACUUCCAGCUGAUAAGGGCCUUUCUGUUAAAAAUUGUUAAUGCCCUAGAUAUUGGUCCGAGUAAUGUAAGAGUUGGGCUAGUGCUGUACAGUAAUGAACUGAGGCUAGAGUUCACCCUGGACACAUUCAAGGAUAAAUUGGAAAACCUGAACUGCUUGAAGAACUUACCAUAUCAAGGAGGGCAAACAUACACUGGAGCUGCCAUUGAAUUCCUGAGGAAGAAGGUUUUUACUCAAGAAGCAGGCAGCAGGAAAAAACAAGGAGCGCAGCAAAUUGCUGUGGUUAUCACCAAUGGCCAGUCCUUGGAUGAUUAUACUGAAGCAGCAUCUAAACUAAGACAUAAAGGUAUUACUGUCUAUGCUGUGGGCAUCCAGAAUACAGAGAGUAGCAAUCUUGAUAAAAUUGCAACUUAUUCCCCAAGGAAACAUGUCACCACCCUGAAUUUUUUUCUACAGCUGUCAAAUAUUGGAUGGAAAAUAAAGAAACAGCUUUGUAAUGAGAUUGUGAAAAAAACGUUUGUAGUCCCAUUACAGUUGCGAAGUAUGAAAAAAGAGGAGAUGAACAUUCAGAAAGGUUUUAGUGAAGUUUAUGAAGUUCUGGUGGUGAUUGACCCAAAUAUCAUCAAGGGGUCCAAUAGCCCCUAUGUAGUGCAUGGAUCAUCUGGUGUUACAGGCCUGCAGUUCAAAAAUGUGCAGUGCCUCAUAGAAGCAGUAGUUAAUGACUCAGUGAUUGGCAGUAGAGAAGCAGUACUCAACUUGAAGCCUCUGCCAGGUCAGCCCUUCACAGCAAGAGCUUUGAGCUUUGCCAGGCAGAGAUUUGGUGUGAACUAGGGUGGGCGUGCAUCUUUCCUUGCUGUCACCAGGAUCCCUAUUCCUGAAGAACCAACAGCACCAUUGGAUAGAGCCAACCUUCCCAUGGCCAUAAAAGCUUUGAAGGGAGGUGAAAUCAACUUAACUGCUGUUGGAGUGAACAAAGCAAGCAGAGCAGAACUUGAAGAGAUUGCUGAAGGUGAAGAAAGUUACUCUGCACAAAGCUAUGAUGCAUUGCCAAUAAAAAGGUUAGGGAACUCUGCUUCUGCAAUGAAAAUGACUGGCAGGAAUUCCUUCCACUUCAGGGUUUGCAGCAGUCAAGUGGCAGAUCUGGUAUUCCUGAUAGAUGGAUCAGAAAGCAUAUCAAAAAGUAACUUUUCUGUCAUGAACACCUUCAUGUUGGAAGUUGUGGACAGCUUUGUUACUUCUAGGGACAAAGUACAUGUUGGAGUAGUCCAGUACAGCCAAGAGCCCCAGAAAGAAUUUUCUCUUAAUGAGUUCUAUACUGACAUGAUAAAAGAACAAAUCAACAGAAUCGAGCAAUUGCAGUCCUCUAUAUUCACUGGCAAAUGGCUGAGGCUUGUCCAGAGCCUUUUUCAGCCUGCCAAUGGAGGCUGCAAGAGCCAAGGAGUCUCACAGAACCUUGUAGUGAUUACAGGCAGGUACUCUGCUGACAGGGUGGAGGAUGCAGCAAUGGUUUUGAGAAGCGAUGGGAUCCAUGUCUUUGCAGUUGGCAUAGGGAUUAUAAACUCCUUUGAGCUGCUUUUAAUAGCUGAUGAUGCAAGAGUGUUCACAGUGGAAAACUUUGAUGCACUGGAAACCAUUGAGAGGAGUAUUGUCAAUGAGGUCUGUGAAUCUGAAGAUCUUCCUAGCCAGGAUUGCGACAUAGAUCUUUCUACAGCAAUUGAUACUUCAAGGCGCAUGCAGCCAGCAUCCACAGUGCUUCUGAAACAGAAAUUGCAAGCAUUCCUCCCCAAGCUUUUACUCCAGAUGAAAUCGCUGCCAAAUACCAGCUGUAAUGCUGGCUCUCCAGUCAACAUUAGAUUCAAGUUCCAAGUAUUGGCACAGACCAAACAAUUCAUCUUUGACUCUGAUUUUGAAGACUAUAAUGAAGAGAUCAUCCGGAAGUUCUUAGAUGCACAGACCACCGUGGACACCUACCUGAAUGCAGACUUCUUACAGGCAUUUGAGGAGAAGUUCUUUAGUGUGACCUCUGCUAAAGUUAAGGUUCUGUUAGUAUUUUCAGAUGGGCUGGAUGAUUCGUUGGAAGAUCUCAGAAAAGCAGCUGACUCACUUCGCUUUAAAGGUCUUGAUGCACUUCUAUUAGUUGGCCUGGACAACACACAGAACUUGACGGAACUUCAGGAAAUAGAGUUUGGCAGAGGGCUUGAAUACAAUGAACCUUUGAGUGUUGGGUUUGCAGAGAUUGCAAACAUCUUGCAGAGAAAUCUUGAUACUGUCGCAGAAAGGAAAUGCUGUAAGGUUGUUUGUAAAUGCCUUGGAGAAAACGGUGAUCAUGGUGGCCAGGGAAGUCCUGGAAAGAAGGGAAGUACGGGUUACAGAGGAUCUCCUGGCCAUCCUGGUGAGGAAGGUGGGAUUGGGGAGAGAGGCCCAGCUGGUUUCAAUGGGACUCAAGGAGACAGGGGAUGUCCAGGUGUCAGAGGCCAUAAGGGGGCCAGAGGCUAUAGAGGAAGUCAGGGUGAACAUGGUGAGAGUGGAUUUGAUGGCACUGAUGGAGAGCAGGGAGAACGUGGAUUUCCUGGAUCUUCUGGAGAGAAAGGCAACACGGGAAAGCGGGGCAGAAAAGGCCCCAGAGGAGAACCAGGUGAACGAGGAGAAUCUGGUCUAAGAGGAGAUCAUGGAGAUCCUGGGACUAGCAAUAAUGUUCCUGGUCCUAAGGGUGAAAAGGGAAACCCAGCAUGGCAAGGAGACCCAGGACCACAUGGACUCCAAGGAGAGCAGGGUGAUGCUGGCCCUGAUGGUGCAGCAGGUCGAAGAGGCCCUCCAGGUAUAAAGGGUGAGCAAGGAGAUCUGGGGGAAGCAGGUUACCCAGGAGACUCUGGUCUUCCAGGCCCACAGGGCCCAAGAGGACUACAAGGGAUCAGAGGACCUCCAGGACCACAAGGCAUGCCAGGAUUACAGGCUAGUAUGGGGGCCCCAGGUUUACCUGGCUCUGCUGGGAAGUUAGGUGCGAGAGGACCAAAGGGUGAACCUGGUGACCCUGGAGAGAAGGGCCCAGUGGGACCAGCUGGACGGAGAGGCAAGCCUGGCAUGGAUGGCAGAGAUGCCUACGGUCCUGAAGGAAGCAAAGGAGCUAAGGGAGAAUCUGGAUUCAUAGGAUAUCCUGGUCCAGAGGGAGAAGAUGGAGACCCGGGAAUUCCAGGAGCUGAAGGACCCAAAGGAGUUAGGGGUAGAAGAGGUAAUGCUGGCACACCAGGUUCCCUGGGAGAUCCAGGGGACCAAGGGCCAUCAGGACCUAUGGGUGCCAAGGGACCAAUGGGCACCAUUUUAAUGGAACCUUGUGAACUUGUGAAUUUUACACGAAAAAACUGCCCUUGCUCAUCAGACACAUGUCCAGUUUAUCCAACUGAAGUGGUGUUUGCCUUCGAUAUGUCUGAAGAUGUUAUGUCAGCUGCAUUUGAAAGAAUGAGGAACAUUGUUAUGUUAUUGCUCAAGACCAUUAAGAUCAGUGAAAGCAAUUGCCCAACAGGCGCUCGUGUCUCCGUUGUUUCUUUCAAUACCAAUAUGCGCUAUCUCAUCCGAUUCUCAGAAUUCCAAAAAAGCAACUUGCUGCUAGAAGCAGUCCAGAGAAUACCACUAGAGAGAUCCACUGGAAAACGUAAUAUUGGGACAGCCAUGAGAUUUGUUGCAAGAAAUGUCUUCAAACGUGUUCGUCAGGGCAUCCUCACAAGAAAAGUUGCCCUAUUUUUUGCCAAUGGUCCAUCGCAGGAUGAUGUUUCCAUCAGCACAGCUGUACUUGAGUUGAGUGCCUUGGAUAUCACUCCAGUGGUUAUUGCCUUCAGUGAAGUGCCAAAUGUCAGACGUGCCUUCUCAAUUGAUGAUACUAGAAGAUUUCAAUUAUUUGUUUGGGAAAGACAACAGGAUGAAAGUUUGGAGAGCAUCACAUAUUGUACACUUUGCUUCGAUAGAUGCAAACCGAGUACCAACUGUGAGGUGCCCUUUUCUCCCCCUGUUCUGAUGGAUAUGGAUAUCACUUACAUAAUGGACAGCUCUCGCAGCAUCAGCAGCGAAGAGUUUCAGAGAGCCAAAGACUUUGUGAGCAACAUGCUAGAUCAGUUUGUCGUUUCCUCACAGCCAAACGAAUCAUAUGGAGGCAUCAGAGUGGCACUGGUGCAGCAGGCUCCCAGGGGCUUCUUGCCUGAUAGAAACCAGACCCCUGUGACCUUGGAGUUUGAUCUAGUCACGUACAGCAAUAAAGAUUUGAUGAAGAAACAUAUCCAAGAGUCUGUUCACCAACUGGAAGGUCCAUCAGCCAUUGCUUCUGCCCUACAGUGGACGGUUGAAAAUGUGUUCUUUAAAGCCCCCAGACAAAGAAAACACAGGGUCAUAUUUGCAAUAGUUGGAAGCAAAACAAGCAUGUGGGACAGAGAGAAGCUGAGAGAGAUUUCACUUGGAGCCAAGUGCCAAGGAUUCACCUUGUUCACUCUUGCACUUGGCAAUGAUGUGAGUGACAAUCAGCUGAUGGAGCUGUCAAGCUCCCCCACAGACCAGCACUUACUGACAUUGGGCAGGGUUUCAAUGUCUGAGAUGGUAUAUGCUCAGAGGUUUAGCCGGGCAUUUCUAAAUCUUCUACAACAAGAAGUGAACAGCUAUCCUUCACCUGAACUUCAAGAAGAGUGUGAAAACUUAGAUCAGGAAGACACACAACAGCAAGCGUCUAUGAAUGAAAGGAUGCCUUUUCCUGGAACUGAUGAAACUGGUUAUGGUCAUGGUUUAGAAGACAUUGAAAGAACUGAAAGUAGAGUCCUGGAGAAUGUUAGAGAUACCACCACAGAACCUGUAUACACAAUGCCAGAAAAGGGAUAUGAUUAUCAAGAGAAUGAGUAUUUCACAGAGGAAGAUACUGAAGGAGAAAAGCCACAAGAGUAUGGAGAAACUCAGGAGAAUGAGGAAAACUUGGAGGCAACAGUAGAAACUAGAGCUGCCUAUAGUGAUUAUGAUGCAUGUGACCUUGUUCAAGAUAGUGGAGAAUGUCAGAAUUACAUUCUGAAGUGGUACUACAACAAAGAGCAGAAAAUGUGUGGUCAGUUCUGGUACGGGUGCUGUGGAGGCAAUAAAAAUAGUUUUGAAACACAAGAACAAUGUGGAUUCUUGUGUAUAGAGUCUUUCUAG